AUGGCAGAUAACACGUUGCGGUCAUUGAAUGCAAGUUUUUCACGAUAUUUGAGGCCAGAAUCAGGAAGACUACGGAAAAAUGGGAAUUCUCGAUGGCUUUUCGAUCAAUUACACGUAAAAGUUAGUUUUUUUUACUCAAUGACGAAUUGAAAAAGUUUCCAUUGCAGAAUCUCGUAUUCAACAUUCAAUCAUAUCUAUUUGUAAUUGGAUUAAUAGGUUUAUUUCUUCCAAUAAUCCCCGAACAAUAUGAAUCCAUCCGAAUUCCUGGUUUCGAUGGUCUCAAUUUUCUAUCAAUUCACGACGUCGAUUAUAAACCAAACGAAUCAUUAUCCAAAAGUUUAUUAAGCACACUUUCAUAUCUUUAUUUUUUAAGGUUAGAAAGUAAAAACUUAAAUUUCAAGUUUAUUAAUAAAUAAUCAUGUUUUAGCUCUCUAUCUGGAUUUUAUGGCAUUCAACAUUGUGAAAAAAUAAUGCCAAACUUAUUGAGAUUGAAGAAUUCGGCGAUUUAUCUUUUACCAUCAGCAUUAUCUUUGGUUUGUUUCAAAUUUUUCAAAAAUAUUUUCAAAAAAAUUUGAAAAUUUUGCAGCUAACAAUUUCAUUUCCUCUAAUUCUCUCAACACUUCGCACCAUAAAAUCAAUCAUUGACGAAACAAAUACUCAAUUCUCCAUCAUCACAAUUCUCGAUUGUAUUCGAUUCAGUUUGGUGCCAAUAUUCAUUUUCUGGACACUGUAUUUCUACACACUUUAUGGAUAUUUUCUCGGCUAUUCUUAUCAUUAUCGAAGAUGCGCGCUAAGGUCACAGAAUAUUUUUAAGAACCUAACUCCAAAAGGAAACAAAGUUCAAGUUCUUCAACAAAAUACAGUUUCUCCAAGUCCGCGGAACAAAAAAGAAGGUAAAUUUAUUCAUAAUAGUCCCCCAUUUCCCGGAUACGAGCAAUUUUCGAAUUAUUUUUACAGCUCAACACGAAAAUCUACGUCCUGCGCCAUAUUAGUGAGUUUGAGAAGCAGAAUGUCAUGUCUAUAAAUAAUUUAUAAUCUGAUACUUUUAGCUCCUCCUCACCUGUUCCAAAAUCAAAUGUUUCAAUGAAUCAUAGUCGAUAUUUGGAGACUGUUAAUGAAGAAUCCGAUUGA